AUGAAGUUCUGGGCUGCGGUCGCUGCGGUGUCCCUCUUGACUGCGUCUGAGGCUGCUGCUGCUCCUCAGGUCCUCCAGGCGAAUCCGUCUGAUGUCAAGUCUCGCAACAUCGAGGGCCGCUCAUUCAAGCUCGCCCAGAUCAAGAAUGUACAUUUCAACCAGCACGGCAAAGGCCCCAGAGCCCUCGCUGCCGUCUACGAAAAAUACGAUAUCGAACUUCCCGAGACCCUUCUUAUGGUGCUGCGCCAGAUUCUCUUGGACAUCGGCUUUGACCUGCGGGCUAGGUCGUUAAUGUCCGCCCGUGCUCCCGACAACGCCACAGCACCUUAUAACAACAACACGGGGCAGGGAGAGGUGACUGCUACUCCCAUCCCCUUCGACGUCGAGUACUUGACCCCGGUGGAUAUUGGGAACCCUCCUCAGACGCUCCCCCUUUGCUUCGACACGGGAUCCUCUGAUCUGUGGGUGUUCAGCAGCAACACGCCCGUGUCUCAGCAAGGUGGACAGAAGUUGUUCCACAUCGACAACAGCACGUCGGCACAAAAGCUCCAGAACCACACUUGGUCCAUCCGUUAUGGUGACGGCAGUGGUUCAUCCGGCGAGGUCUACCUUGACACGGUCGACGUGGGGGGUAUCAAGGUGGAGAAUCAGGCGGUAGAGACCGCUAACCAGGUUUCCUCGUCCUUCACCCGCGAUGAGCAUUCCUCGGGUAUCUUGGGACUUGGCUUCCAGUCCAUCAACAUGGUCCGCCCGAACAAGCAGAAGACGUUCAUUGACAACGCCUUGAAGUCGCUGGCCAUGCCCCUUUUCACCGCCAACAUCCGCAAGGCAGCGGAGGGCAACUACAACUUCGGCUUCAUUGACGAGACCGAGUACCUCGGCAACCUCACCAUGAUCCCCGUCGACGCCGCCAGCGGCUACUGGAAGUUCAAGGGCACGGCCUUUUCCACCGGGUUCAACGGCACAAACAGCGCCAUCUCGGACAUUGUCGUUCCUCUCGAGCACCCUGCCAUUGCUGACACGGGCACCACUCUCCUUAUGAUUCCCGAGGCCAUCGUCCAGGCUUAUUACCGCCAGGUUGCGAAUGCUUACGACUCCAAGAUCUACGGCGGCUGGGUCUUCCCUUGCAACUCCACCUUGCCAGAUCUUACUCUGUACAUUAGCAGCUACAAGGCUGUGAUUCCCGGUGAACUGAUCAACUUUGCCCCGGCUGAUUUGGAUGACCCUGCUACUGCAACCAUCUGCUAUGGUGGUGUUCAGAGCUCGAGGGGCUUCCCUUUUGCCAUUUAUGGAAAUGUUUUCUUCAAGGCUCACUGGACCAUGUUUCAUGUUGAGGAGAAGAAGCUGGGGUUUGCGCCCAGGAGCGGAGAGUAG